GAGCGGGUCGGCAUGGCGAAUGUCAUCAGUUAACUCGAGCUCACAGUCACAGGAACAUCUCCAAAAGCGGAGUUGUUUCAAUCGGUCUUAUUGAGUAUAUCAGCAAGUAAGGUUUAAACCCAACCGGCACCGACUCUCCUACGCACAAUAUGCGCGCAUUCGUGGUACUCGCCUGUGUGGCGCUGGCCUAUGGCCGCCCCGAGCCUCCAGUCGGCUACAGCUACUCCGCCCCUAGCUCCAAAUUCUCAGGUGGGUCCAUCAGCGGCGGCCACAGGGCCGUAUCCAUCGGAGGACAUUCCAGUGGAUCUAUUGGAGGAAUCUCCGGCGGUGGACUAUCCCUGGGUGGUGGUCACUCAUCUGGCGGACUCUCUCUCGGAGGUGGUCACUCCGCUGGUGGAAUUUCUCUCGGAUCCGGUAGCUUCGGCAGCAGCGGACUGAGCUUCGGAGGUGACGCUGGAUCUGGAUUCGGUGGUGGAAUCGGAAGUGGAAUCGGAGGUGGAAUCGGCGGUGGUAUCGGCGGUGGAUUCUCUGGUGCUCCUCUUGUGCAGAAACAUAUCUACGUCCACGUUCCCCCUCCAGAGCCCGUCGAACAGAGAAUCCCCAACAUCCCUGCUGUAGCUCCUCCCCAGAAGCACUACAAGAUUAUCUUCAUCAAGGCCCCGACUCCCCCUACCCCCACCGCGCCCAUCAUCCCCGUGCAGCCCCAGAACGAAGAGAAGACCCUUGUCUACGUGUUGGUCAAGAAACCCGAGGAACAACCCGACAUCAUUAUUCCUACCCCAGCGCCCACCCAGCCCUCCAAACCCGAAGUAUACUUCAUCAAAUACCAGACCCAGAAGGAAGGUGGCGCUAUCGGAGGCGGACUUGGCGGUGCUGAUCUUGGUGCUGGUGCCCUCAGCGGCGGUUCUCUCGGUGGCGGCGCAAUCGGCGGUGGUGCUAUUGGCGGCGGAUCUAUCAGCGGUGGUGACCUCGGUGCUAUCGCUCUCGGCGGAGGCUCUGCGAGCGGCGCUGGCGGUCAUGGCGGAGCUGAAAUCAUCGGCGACUUCGGUGCCAGCGGCGGAGACGAGAGCGGAGCGGAAGGUGGUCACGGUGGUGCCACCAGCACUCAGUACGGUCCUCCCGGACAUGUGGCUGGUCCCCUUCACUAAACGAAAUUUACCGAUUAGCUCAGGUGGCAGGAUAUAACGUCGAGUUGCUGACAAGCGACCAAGUCAUAAUUAAAUAAUUAUUAAGCGAGCUUGUGUCAAAGACCUAGGAAUAUUUAAACUUCAAAGUGAUUCCUGCCACCGGCGGUCUGUAGCUUGCGGCCGAACGCCCUGUACAUAGCUGCCUGUCCCGCGUUCGCCCGCGGGCUCUUGGCUCCUGUCGCGACAUAACACGACUCAUCGUCAUAUCUCAUCAUCGCCACUCAUUUCUACUUGUUAUUAGUGCACAGUGUUAAUGUUGUUCUAAAGGAGAUAUUUUACUAUGACUGUUAUGUUAUGUAUUAUAAAAUAGCUUUUUUUUACUUUUGUAAUAAAACCAAAUGUGAUGCUUAA